GUGGAGAGAUUACUGUCCGUUAGCAGCAUCCUGUGUGUAGCGCAACAUGGAGCGGAUUUAUUAUAUUAUAGUGGCGUUACUCGUAUAUUCGGCAGUACUGACGGAGGCCUCUUCACUGAAACAACGUCUGCAGCAAAUCCGAGACGCUGGCUGCAGUGAACCUGGUCAGAUCAUCUGCACUGACAAUUGUUCCAAGGUGUCGGUGUGCCUGGGAGAUGGCUCGAGCGGCACGGACGGCUUCACGACCAUGCCUGUGGAGAUCUGCAGCAGUGGCACCAGGUGUAGCGCGUCCAACAUGACGUGCGUUGCCCCGUCACAGUCUGACUGCCACACGCUGGACAGCGGCUUCACGUGCCACGCCACCGGAUACCUCCCAGACCCGUACAACUGCACCGUCUACCACCUCUGCCUCGACGUCAACCGGCCUCCCUUCCUCACUGGCAGCUGCACUGGGGGCUGGGCGUACGACCCUCUCACCACUGACUGCAGCCUGACGCAGCUGGACCGCGUCUGCACCGAGGGCCCGGUGCCGGCCUGCGAGACGGUGGGCCAGAACGGCGCCAUUCCGGAGAACAAGCACAUCUACUACGUCUGCGUCAACACGGGCGGACACCUCAGGCCCAUCCUGUACAAGUGCGAGCACGGCCAGAUCUGGAGCGACACCAGCGACGAGUGUAUCGACAAUGCUCUCUUCAAGGAAAACUAGAGACGGCAGGGAUGUGUACCUGGCACUGAGACCGAUGACCACGCUGUCUGGUCUCCUUCCCCAACCAACCAACCAACCAACCAACCUGGCAUUGAGGAGGUGAUGCUCAACAAGUUUCGUCGCUUCCCUCGAACUACAGCGUCUUCCCCCUUAUGAAUAAUUGCCCGUAGUGUAUAACUUAAUCAUUUACGGAAUCGUAUGGAGUGCACCUGCAAUGUGGAAUAAGCAACUAACUAAUAAAAAAGCAGAACGACAAACAAAGACUCAUUAACGAUAGAGACCACUGACCAAAUAAUUUCGACUACGCGGAUUUAUGAAAAGCAUACUCAACUUCCAACUCAUUUUCACAUAAACAACUGGAUUUGUAAAUGGGUUGAGUAAUAACUGACUUCCAUCCCAUCAAAUUCUGAUUCUUGCUGUUGACACACUUCGCUGGUAUUUCUGAAAUAUAUGCAGACCGUUACCCACAGGAGUAAUAUCUGCUCAUUUGACAAUAAAUUUUUGAAUAUUUCUGCACCAGACAUAGAAGCAUAGAUAGAUCGCCAAAGCUAGUCGAUUUGCAUCCCCGAUCAGAUACUGUGAUUGAAUACAUUGGAUAACUUAAUCGCAAAAAGGAUACUGCAAUGUAAGGUCCAUAACAGCCUUAACAGAGUAUCGUGCCUCGGUUGCUCAACUAUGUAGGAGAGAGAAAGCGACUGUUUGCCACGGUAUAGGCUUUACCACCCGUAACUAAAAUUUCUAUUAUUAGAUAACAGUGGUCGUAUCUCUACAGUCAGGCAUAUGAAUCCAUAUAUUCUUCAUGUAAUCACUUUUUCUGAGACAGCACAUUGCGCUACCA